ACACACACACAUUAUAACCUCAACUGCAAUUACACGCGGUGCAUAUGUUGCUGUCGUUGUUUAUGUUUAUUACUUGUCUCACAUUUUUACGAAAUAUAACAGUCAUAUAUUACUAAUUCUCUUUGAAAAAUAUGUGCGGAAUAUUCUGCAUGAUAAACAGUAGUGCAAAUGCCAGGCGAGAAUCUUCAAAUCCAAAGGAACCAUUUGAGUGGACAUUAUGCAAAGACAUGAUAGCAGCUCGAGGACCAGACUGUUUGAACAGCUUGGAAGAAGGUCUGACAGAACUAUGGCAUGGUCACUUCCAUGCAAGUGUAUUAUGGAUGCAAGGUGCAGAGCCAGUUUCACAACCACUUGUUGACACUGACUGCAACAUACUUCUUUGGAAUGGAGACGUAUUGGCUGGUAACAUGCACAAGAGAGGCAUUUGUGACAGUACAGUUGUUUUAUCAGCUUUGAAAAAUUCUAACGAUAUUGCAGCCACAGUAAGGGAGAUUAAAGGGCCAUUUAGCUUUUGCUAUUACCAAAAAUCUUCAAACAUGUUAUACUUUGCUAGGGACAAAUUUGGAAGGCAUAGCUUACUGUUUAAAAUAAACGAGAGACAUGACUCAUUAGUAAUAACAUCUGUUGCUGUUAAAAGUAUGCCAAAUAUUGAAGAAUUGCCAGCAAUUGGAAUAUUUAUAGCAGACUUAAACUAUGAAAAAGUGCAGUUAAAAUGCAUUCCAUGGGUGGAACCAAAUGAGCGAGUUAUCAAAAUAUUGAAUGAUUUGGAAAAUAGGCUUAAUAUUGUUGUAAAUAUUCUUAGAUCCGAAAAUUUUCCAGAAAUAGAAAACUUGUCUUUAGGCCUAAUACCUGAUUCUGAAAUGGGAUUUUUAAAAUAUUUCAAAUAUACCAAUGUGUGCUCAACUUAUGAUGAGAUUAUGGACUAUUUACUGAGACAAGAAAGCAUUAACGAAACAGUGGAUCGUUUGUUGAUAUUUUUAGAAGAAUCAGUCAGAAGAAGAGUUCAAUUAAUUCCUGAAUUUUGUAGAAACUGUACCGGAGUAGCUCUCAUGUCUGUUGAACCUUGCAAACAUGCAAAAGUUGGCCUCCUGUUUUCAGGAGGAUUAGACUCAGCCAUCCUAGCUGUGAUGGCUCACAGAAAUAUUAAUCCAAACGAAACAAUUGAUCUGAUUAAUGUUGCAUUUGAAAAGAAAAAUAAUUCAAAUUAUGAGGUGCCAGACAGAAUCACAGGCAGAAAAACUUUCAAUGAAUUAUUAAAAAUCUGCCCUAACAGGAAUUUCAAUUUUAUCGAGGUGAAUGUUUCAGAACAGGAAUUAAAAAUUUAUAGGUCAACACAAAUUGCAAAUUUAGUUUAUCCGCGCGCAACUGUCCUUGAUGACAGUUUAGCUUGUGCUGUUUGGUUUGCUAGUAGAGGUAGAGGUACAGUUUACCCCAAAAAGGAAUUCUACACAUCAAGUUGCAGAGUACUCCUACUUGGAAUGGGAGCUGAUGAACAGUUUGGUGGAUACAUGAGACACAGAACGAUUUUAAAACAUAAAGGAUGGGCUAUUCUUACAGAAGAACUACAACUUGAAUUUGAUAGGAUUUCAGAAAGAAAUUUAGGAAGAGAUGAUAGAAUGGUUGCUGACCAUGGGAGACAGUCAAGAUUACCCUAUUUAGAUGAGGAUCUCGUUCAGUUUGUGCAACAGCUUGCACCUUGGGAAAGGUGCUGUCCAGUCGAAAAAUUUCCACCGGGACUAGGUGAUAAGCUGCUAUUACGUCUUUUGGCAAGAAAAAUAAAAUUACACGAAGCCGCCAAAUUUCCAAAACGAGCUUUUCAAUUUGGAUCGCGUAUAGCCGAUGGAAAAGAAAACGCAAAAGAUGUAUCAAAGCGUUUAUAAUUGACGUCUUUUUGUUUAUGCUAAACGACUACUGCAGUUAUUGUGCUGCUUGCUUAUCAGUUUCACAAACAUUCGUUCUCAACAAGGCCAACUCUUAUCUGUCUAUCAGCAGUAUAGAGCACCACAUUGAGAGUAAAUGCAGGAGGGUUCACUGAAACGGAAAAUAUUAUUACUAAUAUAAGAAAAUUGCAAAAAAUGACAAAACAGGCAGGACAAUUUAAUGUUUAUCUAAGUGCUGCUCCAGCAGAUCUUGAACAAGAAUUUAAAACUUUGUUAACACCAGAGGCCAUAGAGUUUUUAGUUAAACUUAACCUUCAUUUCCAAGAUAAAGUAGAUGAUUUAUAUACUGCUAGGGUUGAGAGAAAGUUUGUGCAGAGAAAGACUGGAAAAAUACCAAAGUUUGUAGAAACUAAUUUCGCUAAUGAGAAUUGGAAGGUGUCUCCAGUCAGUAAGUUAUAGAAUCAUCAAAUUUAUACGCCAAGUAAUUUAAAAAACUAAGGAAGCGGCGAAAAUUUAGUACAAAUUACUACUGCAUUAAUGUUUUAGAUCACAGACUUCAAAAUCGACAUCUGGAUCUUGGAGACGUCAGUCCAAGUGACUAUCUUCACUUCACCUCCUGCCUUAAAGCAAAUGUUCAAGGAGUGCAAGUCGAUUUUGACGACGGGCACUGUCCAACGUGGAAGAAUCAAAUAAUGGGCUUGUACAACGUUUAUCGCGCUGUUCACAAUGAUAUUCCAAACGUUCCGCAAAUAGCAAAUGCUCCGAUUCUUAUGCUUCGUCCAAGAGCUUGGAAUAUGAUAGAGCACAACAUGAGCAUCAAUGGCAGAGAAGUUCCGGGACCAUUGUUUGAUUUUGGUUUACUGAUAUUUCACAAUGGCUUGAUUCUGUCAGAAUGCAAUUCUGGGCCAUUUUUUUAUCUCUCUAAACUAGAAGGCGCGUGUGAGGCUAAACUCUGGAACGAAAUUUUCACUUGGAGCCAAUUGAAAUUACGGAUUCCAUACGGAACGAUCAAAGCUAGCGUUCUUAUCGAAAAUAUAUUAUCCUCGUUUGAGAUGGAUCAGAUUUUGUACGAACUGAGAGAUCACUCUCUAGGUUUGAACUGCGGAAUUUGGGAUUACGCAGCCUCGAUAAUUUCCAAGUUCGGCGACGAUUCAACUUUCUUGCUUCCAGAUAGAAAUAAAUAUGUCAAUAUGGGUAGACCGUUUUUGAAGAAAUAUAUGGACUUGGUCGUUCGAACUUGUCACAAAAGAAACGCGUAUGCGACUGGAGGAAUGACUGCCAAACUUUUACCAGACAAACAAUCCAAAAAUUAUUAUGAAACAGUAAAAAUUGUAUUGGGAGAUAAAUUAACGGAAAUACAGGCAGGAGUUGAUGGCUUUAUGAUCUAUGAUUUAGGACUGAUAGAAUUUAUUAACGAUCUCUGGAAAAAAUAUGGAGGCCCUUAUUCAAAUCAGCUGCAAUAUAAAGGAAAUACCGAGGAAAAGAUAACAGAAAAGGAUUUGUUAACACUGCCUAAGGGAGGAGUCACAGAAGAAGGAUUGAAGCAUAAUAUUACUGUAGCCAUAUUAUUCAUAUACAACUGGUUAUGUGGUCGGGGAGUUUUUGAAUUUGAAGGAGCUGUUGAGGAUUCUGCUACUGCUGAAAUUUCCAGAGCUCAAAUUUGGCAAUGGAUUAAGCACGGUGCUUUGAUGGAAAAUAAAAAUCAAUCUGUAACAAGGAGUCUUGUGUUUUCUGAGGCUUCAAACAUUUAUGAACAUUUGAUAAAUGAUUAUGGAUCUGAUAACUCGACAAAAACAAAACUUGCUAUUGCAUUUAACAUAUUUUUGGAUAUUGUAAAUCACAGAGACUUUCCAGAAUUUAUUACAACCUAUCUGAAUGAUGCCUAUAUUUUUAGGGCAUCGCAAGCUCAUCUGUAAUUUCUUGUAAAUAUAAUUGCAUCUAUGAAUAUAA